AUGGCGGCCGGAGCGGAGAAGCAGCCGGUGCUGGAGAUGGUCCAGGCCAAUGGAAUGGAUGAAUCAUGUGUAACGUUCGUCUUACAUGAAGAAGAUCACACUUUAGGAAAUGCUCUGCGUUACAUGGUCAUGAAGAACCCAGAAGUGGAGUUCUGUGGGUACAGCAUCACUCAUCCUUCUGAAAGCAAAAUCAAUUUCCGCAUCCAGACUCGAAAUGGACUUCCUGCAGUCGAGCCAUUCAGAAAAGGACUAACUGAACUCCUGGAUGUCUGCCAGCAUGUCUUGGAUACAUUUGAGACCAGUAUGAAGAAUUACAAUGACCAAAAAGAAACUACAAUGGAAUGA